GUUUGUUCAAAUGAUAAUUCCUGGAGGCGUAAACAUUCGUCGAUCCCGCUUGCAAGUGUGCAAGUUUGCUUCGGACCAGCGGAAGACUGCGGCUGCUGACAUUACGACACCCAAUUAGGAAACAACACGCCUGCUGGCAACAUGGUUGAUAAUAUCAGCAGGUUAGACAGAAGCCGACAUGAUGUGCAGCUCUCCAACGAGGCUGCCCCCAACGCUUCGUUGAUAUGGAUUCCGGACAUCAUCCUGCGUAUCACUGGCUUCCUGUCUCGUAAUGAAAUCGCCUUGAGCAUACGCCUUGUGGACAAGACCUGUGCAGCCUUGUUUCAUGGGCUACAAUACAUUACCGUCCGGCUGUCGGAGCCCUCACCUCCAUUUGCCUUCGAACAGCAUUGGGGUCGGCCUGGUGCCAUGCGGAGCCUGGCACGACAGCAGCGGGGCCAACUACUUUGUCUGACUGCACGGAGCGGCAGUAUACCUAAUCUUGCUGUGGCAGUAGAGAGUGCAGGUCUCUUGCCAAUUGCAUUGGAAUUCGAGCAGGUGCUCGAGUCUGCUGCAGCUGCUGGGCAUGUCGACGUGUGCCAGUGGCUACUGCAGAAGGGCUGCUGCAAUGUGGAAACGGCCAUACGUGAAGCUGCAUGUGCUGGCAAAGAAGCGGUGUGUGAAUGUCUAGUAAUGGCCAGUACCGCCGAUUGCUGUGCUGCCUAUCGGGGUGCUGCCCUAGGGGGCCAUGUGGGCCUUAUGGAGUGGCUGCGGCAGCGGUUCCAUUUCGAACCGGACUACUACAACCUGUCAAGCAUUCCAAAAGGCUGUGAUCUGGCAACGCUGCAGCAUCUGUACAACAGGGACAUGCCAGGAGAUAACGUGCCGUCACAAAAGGAGGAGGUGCAAACGGCCAUGAUUGCGAAUGCCGCCGGCAGCCGCAUGCCUGACUGGCAGGCCAAGGUCGAGUGGCUGCAGCAACAGGGCUGCCCGGUAACUGAUUUCAUCACUGAAGAAGCUGCCUCCUGCCCGGACGCACUGGAGCGGCUGACCUGGCUGCUGCAGCGGGGCUUCCCGGUGGGCCCGGACACGGUGGCGGCUGCAGCGGCUGAGGGCAACACGGCCGCUGUUGAGUACCUCCUGGCCCAGGGUGUGGUGCUGGUGGAGUUUGUGGACCCCCGUCCUGCCAUCCGUGCUGGCCACCUGGAUGUCCUCAAGAUGCUGGCUGCAGCCGGCUGCAGCAUGGAGAAGCGCGAGUACCUUUGUGCGGCGGUCUCCGCUGGACACCUGUUGGUGGCCGAUUGGUUGAUGGAGGUGGCUGGCCCGGCCUUCAUCGCCGACUUGGAGGGCUCUAGGGUGGGGGACUGGGCGGAGACAGCAUUCACAGCUGGCAUCAGAAGUGUGGAGCAGCUCUCGUGGCUGUGGGGGCAUGGCUGCCUCCGUGAUGGGAGUGCUUUGGCCGCUCUAGCCUCCUCGGGCAGCAGUGAGGAGCUAAUGGAGUGGGCGGUGGGGCAGGGCUGCUCCUUUACGGAUGGCAACGGAAAGUGCUGUUACACGUACGCCACUGCCGGUGGGCACGGCGACAUGGCCAUGCUGCGCUGCCUGCGGCGGCUGGGCUGCCCCUGGGGACCAUAUGGGAAGACGUUCGCGGUAUGCCUCAGCCGCUGGUCCCCGCUGCCGGUACUGGCCUGGCUGCUGGAGGAGGGCUGCCCGGUGAACUGGGAUGCGGUGCUGGCGGAGGCACGACGGUUCCACCAAGGUACGCUUGCAUGGCUGCUGGAGCAGCGGCAGCGGCAGCGGCAGCGGUAGGCCAGUGGGAAGGCAGUAGGCAGUGAUGGAGUGUGAAGGAUGCGGAGUAUAGCUGGGUUGGGAACAUGCGGGCACCACGUGCAAAGGUGUGUCCAUGCCGGGGUUGUGUUGGUAUCCUCAUCUAACCGCCGGAAGGCUUGGGGCGCGGUUGGGGUUACUUGCAUGGGCUGUGAUGGUCGGGGCCUGUCGUACACGUACAGUGGUGGAUGGGCCGGCAACUUCUCAAGAGUGCAUGCGCAAGCAGGGAAACCGGAAUGCAUGGAAUUGACGUUUGCGGGUGGCAUGCAUGUUGCUUAUUGUUGUACUGUUACGUCUGAAGACUGUUUCUUCCCGCUGCAAGGCGGAAUGGGAUGCUGUUGCAUAUCCGUAAGUAAAGGCCGGUGGCCGGGUUUGCUCUUGAAGAGUGCCAGAGCUGCUCAUUCCCACUUCUCCUUUGGACAGGUUGCCCCGUUUUUUGGGUUUCAGGGCUUUUGUUCUUUGCAUCCAAAAUAAGAAAUCCGUUGGUUUGAGACGUACACUCAGCAGCAAUGUUGACCCAGGGUUCGGUGUGGAGGAGCACGGCAGUGGUUGAGCGGGUCGUCAUGUGAGGAGAGCUGGAAUUUGGCGGGUCGGCGGCAGACUCAUAAAAGGAUCAGCUGGGGGCGGGUGAGCGGACGUGUUGUGUUGUGUUACUGGCAUGCGCAUCAUGUGUGUAUGGUGAUUUGUUCGUAUGUCUGGGGUCGUAGAGUUACCCUGGGUGCGGUUUUUUGUUCGCAUGCCAGGCAUCCGUGUCGUACAGUAAACAGUGCAGCCCACAGACUCAGGGCAAGGAUGUUUGACGGCGGAUGAUGCCCGUGCAUGCAGUUUCAGGCGGUAACUUGUAAGCCCAUCAGUCCUGCUGGGAAACUGUUGGUGCGGUGGUUGGUUGGUGAGGUGGUAUGGGUCGCCAAGGGGUGCAAUUUGGAAUUUACAAUGCAACCACAUGUACAGCACUGAUUGACGCAACAACAACACAGCUCGCUGCACUGCAUGACGACAGAAGGUUCCGUUGACACAUUGUUUGUGAGUGCUUCGGCCCUUGUGGGAUUGGCAUUUGCUUCUUAGCUGAACUCUGAAUGUGUUCCUGCGCCGCUGCAGACAUUGCUGCGGUGCCGUGUGUGAUGCGGGUGGUGGUUGCAAACCAUGCAGGUACUUGUGUGCAAAUGUGCGAAGACCUGCAACGACUGUGUUGGUAGUGCCUGGACGGCACAGCCGUGGUGGCGGCAACACAUGGAACUGGCGGUGGAUUUGGUGUUCCUGCCCUCGAGUACGGAGCUUUUCGCUCUAGGCAAAAGGGGCUCGGCGGUGUUCAACCCACCGCCGCGAAGUAAGGCGGUCGCGGUCCGAGUCCAGUGUUAGGUUGGCCUUCGCUCGGCAAAGAAUGGCUCUAGCGGCGCCUCGCUAUAGCCUACGGUAGAUUUUGGGCGGGCGGGCGCCCCUGCAGCGGUGACGUCUCUAGUUGGGGAGCACUUGCAAAGGGCGGCAGGUACGGGCUUGGAUCAUGGCGUCCGGUUGGAGUUUAUUGCGGAUGCCAUGAUCCACGCGUGUCGGGGAAAGGCCCUGGCGUUCUUAUUCGGGUCACUUUGUGGCGUUUGUUUGUUUCUGUGUGGAAGAAGGCAUGGAGUUCUUGCCUGCGUCGCAGUACACGGGUUUGUUAUGGGCCCAGGCUUUGGCGACCAAGGGUACGGUUCAGGCUUGCACGGCGCAGCCUUUUUUUGUGCGGUCAAUACUGUUCGUGAGUUAUUCGGGUUCCCAAAACCUUGUGCAGGUGAUAACAGCUCCUUCGCUGUGGGCAGUUGUGGCCGCAGCGGCAGUCCACGCGUGGGGGUGAGCAGUGGUUUCACUUGGUCCUGGAGCGAUGUGGUCUGUAUGUCCCGGUUGGUCGGUGCCCAUACCCCUCAUGGUUUGAGGCGUGGUGGUGCGUCAGCGGCUCGGGCGGUGGGUGUUCCUGUUGAUGUGGUUGAUAAGCCUGGACGCUGGAGUGCGGGCUGUAUUGCCAUGCGGGAGCACUACCUGGAUAUGGGUGUGCCGAGUUGUGUGCUUGUGUGCGUGCCUUCUUACCUGCCCGGCGUGUGGCGCCGUUUGUGGGUCAGUAUUAUAACCAGUGGCGACCAUUAGGUCUUUUGUCUUUGGCAGUCAAGCCCCAACGCGAGUUAAUGCGGGCUUUGUGUAGCUAUAGCCUUUGCUUUUUUGUUGCACCUCUUGACCGGAAUGGUUCCUGAGGUUGCCCCCCCCCCCCCGAGGUGUUUCAGUUUUUGGAAUCCAGUACUCGACUGCUCAACUCGCGCCAGUGAGGGAUAGGAAACCACCUGUUUCCGGGCCCUACAGCGGGAGGGGCCGCACCAGGGCUGCACCAUGUCAUCACACUAGCCGAGUUAACUUGUGUAUUGGGUGUACGACACCUUCCACCCCGAGGCCUCAGCGCUGCUUACCCAAGUUGU